AUGGAGGGUAUUUUUUAUUUAUUUUACACUUACAAUACUCCUUUACCAAUUACAGAGGAUGAAUCUUUUCGUAGAGAUGAAGUGAUGAGCGACACGCAAUGUUUAGAAAGAUGCAAUAGACGUCUUAACGUUGGAAUGGACAUGGCCCAUAUGUCGUUCGGAAGUAUAGACGUUCCGUCGGUUGUAGAACGACGCGAUUUGGAGCUGUUCUGCCUGCUGGACCGUCAACAUAGCCGCUGUGUGGACGAUUGCGGCUACACUGUUCAGUUCAAUCUGAAGGGAAUUCGUAUGGCCAGUCAUCUUGCCUGCUAUGCUCGAGCCGCACCAGUUCUGUCGCGGCAUUGUCGUCCAAGAUGUGGUGAAUACACUCCACUGCAGCACACUCCACUUGGAUAUGCGCAAAGGUUAGUAAGUCUGGAUGACAAGAUGAUUAGGUUCAAUUCUGGUCUAACAAGAUCAACCGGCGCGGAACAAGGGAGGAAAAGGCCAUUCAUGAUCUCGUCUUCCCUAAUCCCGCGCCAGGUGCUCUUCUUAGACCUCGCCACGUUCUUGAAUCAACGGCCUCUUCUGCCAUAA